AAGGCGGAUACAGGAACCUGUAAAGGUGACCCUAACCACGAAAAUCGGGGAGUAAUGUUUAUUUCCUUUAAUUGUUGGUGGUUUUAAUUGAGUCAAAUGAGCCGGUGCGUGGAACCCGGUCACUUAGUGCGACUUUCGCCCCCCAAAACAAUUGAAAGUUUGACAGUUACAACCUGUCACGUUUAGCUUCUUCCGGCUUGUGAAAUGGAAACCAGCGAGGAAGUGGCUAAUGUCUCGGCCGAGAACGAACCGAAGCCCCCAAAAGCGUCGACCUCGAACGACGAGAAGGCUCCCGACAGUUCCGACAACACGCAACAGAAGCCCAAAGUGGCCAAAGCCAAGAAACGCAAGAAACCCAAAGACAGCACAGCCCCGCGCCAUCCCCUAACCGGGUAUGUGCGGUACCUCAACGACCGACGCGAGGCCGUCCGGGGGGCCAACCCCAGUCUCUCGUUCGCCGAAAUCACGAAAAUGCUGGCGAAUGAGUGGACCAACCUGCCGGCGGACAAAAAACAGCAGUAUUUGGACGCCGCUGAGCAAGACAGGGAGCGGUACACGCGGGAAUACAACGCCUACAAGCAGACGGAAGCCUAUAAAAUAUUCACGCAGCAACAGACUGAGAAGAAGCUGAAGGAGAGCAAGGAGGAGAGCAAAGCCGCUGUGCAGCCGGUGGUGAGCAAGGAAGUCCCCGAUAUGGACUUCGGCAAUUUCGACAUCCCCAUCUUCACCGAGGAGUUCCUGGACCACAACAAGAUGCGCGACUCCGAGUUGAGACAACUCCGGAAGUCCAACACGGACUACGAGCAGCAAAACGCCAUUUUGCAUAAGCAUAUCGAGAAUAUGAAGGACGCGAUCGUGAAGCUCGAGUCGGAGAUCUCGCAACAGGAGAAGAACAACGCCUCGUUGCAGAAGCAUCUCGACCAUUUGCGGGGCACGCUCACUAAUGGGUUCUCGGGGGUGAAGCUCCCGGGGGUCAAGGAGGUGGCCACGCAGCAGAAUAUCGAUUCGUAUAUGACGAAUCUGCAUUCGAUUCUUCUCGAGAAUAGCACACACGACGCUAAUCUUUUACAAACUGUUAGGAAUAUUGUAGGGAGGCUCGAGUUUAACGGAUGACAAACAAGUCGGGCUUCCAAAAGGAAACGAAAAGCUAAAAAAACGUAACUUUUUUACAGCCACUUUAUUUCACUUUCAGAGUGGGGUUUUAUGAUUUGAGUAGUUAUAAUGGUCCUGUGAUUCAUACGUUAGGUAUUGUGUAAUUAAUUAAUUCAUGUAUUUAAUAUUCUGUCAAUAAAUUUCAUAACGUAUUUAUGAAA